UCCCCUUCCGUUCCCAGCAACGCGAGCAGUGUUGUUAGCUAGCUCGGUAGUGUGGACUGCUACUGUGUCCAUUUGUGGUCAUUUUCCUGCAAGCUGCCUCCAAGAAAACCUACAUUUAAAAGACAGAGAUGUGGCCCGCUGGGGUAGAAAGCAUUUCUGAUGUCUCAAGAUGCCGUUUGUUGUAGACAGCCAGGUAAAGAAGCGGCUUUGUUGCAGCUAACGUUAGCUAACCUAGCCAACUUUAGCGAGCCAGCUUUACUGUUUGGUUGCGUUACUUCGGUUCUGCCUCGCACGACUGGUGGUCCAGAAAAAGUAAGCGAAUGGCUAAAGGUCGAAAACGAGGGAAUGCCCCUCCACAGGGAAAUGGACCUAGAUUUAGGAUGCCUCCUCCAGGUGGGCCCCCACCCCCCGACGGGCUCUGGGGAAGGCCUUCACAUCCAGGUGAGUUUCGUGGUCACCCGCCCCAUCCAAUGGGUCCCCCCGGACCGAGGAUGCCUCUAGAGCGGUUUCCUGUGGGCCCACACGACUUUGGACCACCCUGUCCCCCACUGAUGGAGGGAGAUCCUUAUAUUCAUGACGAAUUCAUGAUGAGAGACCCGUUCAUGCACAGAGAUUUCCCCCCGCCAGAGUUUGAAGGUGAUCCACGCUACCUCCAUCCAGACUUUGAGGGAAGACCGAGAGGAUAUCACCCGUCAGAGUUUGAAGGUGGUCGACCUUACCCUCAUCCAGAUUUUGAAGGCAGACCACCAGCGUAUGAACGUGGGCCUGAACAUGACUUUUACCCACCACCAUAUGAAGGUGGGCGACCUGGUUUUGACCCUCCAGAGUUUAGGGGUGGACCACCAGACUUCCACCCCCCUCGGUUUGAGAGAGGAGCUGGGUAUCCAGUAAUGGAUCCUCCAUAUGGGCCAGCGGAUGGUUACAGUGCAGUGGACCCACAUUAUCCACCACCAGUGGGAGUCCGUGGUGAUCCUGCCUUUGGAGUGACAGGGGAGUAUUUUGGGCCUUCACCAGAUUUCAUUGGACCAGGACCUGGACUGUUAGGCCAGGAUGUAGCUGCUACGGCUCCCCCUCCUCCUCCAUGUCCACCUCCCAGCGUUCAGAAUGACGCCAGUCAGCAGGCAUCCAAGCAAACAAAGAGUGAAAAUACUAAGACUAUGGCUUCAAAGACAACAACAUCCACAGUCAAGAAUUUGUCCAGAUCUGUCAAACCUCCUCCAGGACGAUCCAUGGGAGUCAUUUCAUUUAUUGGUAACACUUAUGGGUUCAUUGAACGCGAGGACCUGAAAAAAUUCUCUUUCUCCUUCGAUGCCUAUUUUGGAAACCGUGACCAUUUAGUCCCUGGGGUUAAAGUGCAUUUCACAGCAGUCAAAGAAUUGGGAAAAGAAUGUGCCACUGAUGUGAAAGUUGCCCCGGGAGGGACAGACGAGAUUGAAGAGACAAUCUAUGAAGGUGUGGUCACCACGGUCCUUCCAGAUAGUUAUGUAUUGGAACCUCACCCGGGCCGUAUCAGAACCAUUAUCUCUACUGACCCGAUUAAACUGCCUUUUGGAAAGACAGACACAAAAGCCACUCUACUACUGUUUGACCGAGUGAAAUUUCAGCUGCUCACAGAUAUUAUUACUAAAGAAAAUAGAGCCACAAACAUCAUGCCACAAAUACCAGACACAUUUCAGCUCACCAAGGAAGUCAGGGAAACGGGUGUGGUCAUGAACAUCAAGGGUGAUGUCUGUACCAUCAUGGCAAAGAGACAUGAAAACCUCACUGCUUCUGUCAAAGAGAAUCUGUCAGAUGAUGAGCUCAAUGUUAUGGACGAGGUGGAGUUCACGGCUAUGACUGUAAAAGACACUGUUAAAGCCAUCAGACUGAAGAAGCUUCCUGAGGGCUCAGUGUUCUUUGACUCACAAGCAAAAAACAGAAUUGCUAAGGCAAAGGAGAAAAUUACUGACCCCUCUGCAGCCAAAGACAAGUGGAAACCACUGAGCUCAGAGGUCAUUUCUGAAGAAGGAGUUGAAGACACGAGCAGUGAGAAGUAUGAGGGAACCAUCUUCAAAGUCAUCACAAAGAAUUCAAAACAAGAGGGAGAGGAGAUGGAGGAACAGGAACGUCCCCAGGGUCUUCUAGACUCCACAGUGGCAGGCACACAGAAACGCUUACCCUUUAGGUCAGGUGAUGUGAUCACACAAGCCACUAUGAUGGUUGGCGACAAGGUCCGUUUCAACAUCUCUAUCAACACAGAAACCAAAGAAGAGCGUGCAGUCAACAUUGAGAUCCAGCCAGACAGCCUUCAGACCGAUUCUGCUGAGCAACGCAGGAUAGGUGUUAUUGUAAAAUUGGAUGAUAAUUCUGGGCUCAUCAGGACUCCGCAGGACCCACAACUGAUUUUUGACCUGAGCGAGGUCAUGGAAUCGACCAAGCUCGCUUUGUCAGAAAAGGUUGAAUUUACGUUAGCAGCGAAGGAAGGAGCUGAAGGGGGUAAACGAGCUAUUAGAAUCAAGAGGCUGACUGAGAGUGUCUUCACAUCUGUGCCAAAGUUAGAAAGCCUCGGAGAGAAAGAGAAGAAGAAAAUGACAAUCAAAUUGUUGAGGGAUCCGAAAGAGCAAAUCAAUAACGAGGUCAAAAAAGAGGUCAGAAAAUGGUAACUUGGCCGCUGCCAGGAGACCAGAGAAGGGAAAAUCUGAAGCUUCCAAAGCUGUUAAACUGACAAAAUCACAAAAGCAAGACGUUAAAGGCAAACAAGAGAAAGGUAAAGCAGAGAGGGAGCGUAGCAGAAGCAGAGAAAACAGCCGACGCAGGUACAGUCGAAGCAGGAGCCGCAGCCGCGAUAGGAGUGGCAGCUACUACAGGAGGCACAGGAGCUCCAGUCGGGAGAAGAGUUACAGCAGACACAGACGGAGCCGCAGCCACAGCAGAGAUCGGACACACAGAUACAAGCCUAGUCACAGCCACAGUCGUAGCCGCAGUAGAAGCAGGGAAAGGAGUGGUCGAAGUGGCAAGAAGAGAAGCCGCAGCCCAGAACACAGGAAUGACGCCCGCAGAGGACGAAGCAUCAGUAAGGAGCGCAGCAGCAAGAGACGAAGCAAAAGCCCUGAUAAGAAAUCAGAGAGCCAAAAGUCUUCAUCAAAAUCUCUAGCUAGCUCCUCUGGUUAUAAGGAUCUGUCUUCUGGGGUUGUAGAUGAUGAAUUAGCAAAGAAAAGGAAAGAGUUAUUGGAGCUCAAUGAGCUAAUAGCACGUAAAAGGGC